AUGAUGCCGGCGCGGGUCGGCGUCUGGGUGCUCGGGACCGACCGGUCGUAUCGGCGGCUCGUGCUCUACGUCGCCUUCUCGUACAUGGCGCUUAUCCUUCUCCACGCGAUCGCGCUCGGGCUCUGGCUCUUCUGGCUCGCCAUGAUGCUGCUGCUGCAGCUUCUCUUGUGGCCGUGCCAGCCGUCGUGGACCUUCUUUCGCGACUUUGUACGCGAGAACGUCUGCUCGGGGUACCUCGAGUGGCUCUGCCGCUGGGACGUCCGCGUUCGCAACGUGUACGCAGUCAAGCUCUACAUCGAGCCAACGCUGCCCGUGGAUCUGGAGACGCACGUUGGCCGUGUCUUUGCGUACUUUCUCUUUUGGAAGUCGCUCGAGUUUGGCAUCGCCGCCUUGACACUGUUCUUGAUCCAGCUGCCAUUCUCGACUUGUCAGCCCUAUGACUAUGAAUAUGACACGGCCACGCGCAAGUUUGUCGCCGUGACGCGCGAGUGCCACUACGCCGAGCGGGGGAUUGCGCUUCUGCUGCCGGUGCUCUUGUUCCUCCGCCUUGUCGCGUGGUGCUCGGUGCGCAUGUGCGAGCUUUGCAUCGCGCCCAUCUUUCGCCCGUCGCUCGCCACGUACCAAAGCCUCGUCGACACCAACGAGCCGGACGACGCACCGUUGCGGCUGCGUCCAACGGCGCCCCGCGGCGAAGACACGCUCGGUAUUACGACGGUCGCCUACCCGACGAAUACCUACUGCAUUCCUGUCCCGCAACACGCUCCCAAGCCGGCAGCGACGCCGGUGCCACUGCUCGAAUCACCGCCAUCGAAACCAGCCAGAGCGUCGGCAUGCCGACCUUUUGGUCUACACCGGCGACGCACAUCCGAUGAGGCCACGACAGAGAUGCCCCGUCCCAACCGCAAAGUCAGCGACAGCGACGAAUUGAGCGCAGCAGACAUGACAAUGCAACACCUCUCGCAGCCGCUGAGUCUCGUGACCGAGUACUUGCCGUUCGGAAGUCUCGAAGACCAGCGCUCCCAGUUGAGUGCGGCGCAGAAGCAGCAGAUUAUCAAAGGUGCGGCGUCCGGCUUUCUCAACAUGCACGAAGGUCGGUUCAUCCAUCGCGACAUUGCAGCCCGCAACUGCCUCGUGGACGCCAGUCUUAACGCCAAAGUGUGCGACUUUGGCAUGUGUCGGCGCGUCGGCGCGGUGGGCGGCAGCUACUUUGCGCACGGGACGGGGCCGCUCAAGUACAUGGCGCCCGAGUCGCUGACGCCGCCACACGCUUUUUCGUACCAGUCGGACGUCUACUCGUUCGGCGUCUUGAUCUGGGAGACGUACCACGGCGUGAGUCCGUUUGUGGGUCUGAGCGGUGCCGAGGCAGCAGCGCGCGUCUUGUCGGGCGACCGAUUGGCACUCUCAGAGGCGAUUCCGCUGCAUUUGCAAGAGCUCGUGACGCAGUGCUUUCGCGACGACCCGUCCAAGCGGCCGAGCAUGGCGCAGGUGCUCCUGGCACUCGACUAAGUUCCGUGUACUAGUAUGUUGAUUUAUGAUGCUGUUGGGGUUGAAUUUUUUGCGAUAUGAAAACGUCACUAUUCGG